GGCGGAGUGACCGGGCGUCUUCGGCCCGUGCGCGUGCGCAGCGAACAGCUGUCACCCAGUGCGGAACAAGUCUCCUAAAUUUCCCAAAUCUCCCUAGGCCGAAGAGCACCGUCUUCUUUCUUAUCCUUCUCCUCCGGGUCGUGUCCUCGCCCUCACCCACGCGCCAGAGAUUGCCCUAGCAAUCAUGGAGGUGGCCAAGGUGGAGAGUCCUCUGAACCCCAGCUGUAAGAUAAUGACCUUCAGGCCCUCCAUGGAAGAGUUCCGGGAGUUCAACAAAUACCUCGUGUACAUGGAGUCUAAAGGAGCCCAUCGAGCGGGUCUUGCAAAGGUGAUUCCUCCUAAGGAGUGGAAGCCAAGACAGUGUUAUGAUGACAUUGAUAAUUUGCUCAUUCCAGCGCCGAUUCAGCAGAUGGUCACAGGGCAGUCAGGACUGUUCACUCAAUACAACAUCCAGAAAAAAGCCAUGACCGUGAAGGAGUUCAGACAGCUGGCCAACAGUGACAAAUACUGUACUCCGAGAUACUUGGAUUAUGAAGAUUUGGAGCGCAAGUACUGGAAGAACUUAACUUUUGUUGCACCUAUCUAUGGCGCAGAUAUUAAUGGGAGCAUUUAUGAUGAGGGUGUGGAUGAGUGGAAUAUAGCUCACCUAAACACGGUCUUGGAUGUGGUUGAAGAAGAGUGUGGUAUUUCUAUUGAGGGUGUAAAUACCCCUUAUCUCUAUUUUGGCAUGUGGAAAACCACAUUCGCGUGGCACACCGAGGACAUGGACCUCUACAGCAUUAAUUAUCUCCACUUUGGAGAGCCCAAGUCUUGGUAUGCUAUACCCCCGGAGCAUGGAAAACGACUUGAAAGACUAGCUCAAGGUUUUUUCCCAAGCAGCUCCCAAGGGUGUGAUGCAUUUCUUCGCCACAAGAUGACACUGAUUUCUCCAUCAGUAUUGAAGAAAUAUGGUAUUCCCUUUGACAAGAUCACCCAGGAGGCUGGAGAAUUUAUGAUCACUUUCCCUUAUGGCUACCAUGCUGGUUUUAAUCAUGGUUUCAACUGUGCAGAAUCUACAAAUUUUGCAACCGUCAGAUGGAUUGACUAUGGAAAAGUUGCUAAAUUGUGUACUUGCAGGAAAGACAUGGUGAAAAUUUCAAUGGAUAUCUUCGUUAGGAAAUUCCAGCCAGACAGAUACCAGCUUUGGAAGCAAGGAAAGGAUAUAUACACCAUUGAUCAUACAAAGCCUACUCCAGAAUCCACCCCUGAAGUAAAAGCAUGGCUGCAGAGGAGGAGGAAAGUAAGAAAAGCAUCGAGGAGCUUCCAGUGUACUCGGUCUCACUCUAAAAGGCCUAAGACUGUAGAAGAUGAGGAAGUAUCAGCCGAAGUCGAUGGGGCAGAGGUCCCUAUCCCUUGUCCAGGCACAGGUGACCUCAAGGUCAGUGAAAAGCCAGAAGAAGCAGAGAAGCUGGGGAUCACAGGAGCGCCUUCAGAAGAAGAGGUUUCUGCUGUCAAGACACAGGCGUAUCAGAGUUUAUUGGAUAAUAUCAAACUCGCAGGAAACAGCUGCUUAUGUACAUCUGUAAUGGAGGAAGUAAAAGCUGAAAAUGACAAAGCCUGUGACAUAACUGCACCUUCUAAAUCCAAUGAGCAUAGUGAUUCCGUACUGUUAUCCAGUGGCCAUGUGAGGUCCGAGGAGUCAGACCCAGCCAAGCUUUCAUGGCUGAAGUCACCUGAGUUGUGCUCCUCAGUGGCAGAGAGUAAUGGUGUGUUAACCGAGGGAGAAGAGAGUGAUCUGGAGAGCCGCAUGAAUGGCCUUGAACCUGGGGAAAUCCCAGCGGUCCCCAGUGGAGAGAGAAAUGGCUUCAAAGUCCCCAGUAUAAUAGAAGGAGAGACCAAGACCUCUAAGAGUUGGCGCCAUCCGCUUACUAAGCCUCCAGCAAGAUCCCCUCUGACCCUUGUUAAGCAGCAGGCAGCAAGUGACGAAGAAUUGCCUGAGGUCCCUUCGGUUGAGGAGGAGGUAGAAGAAACAGAGUCUUGGGCAAAGCCUCUCAUCCACAUUUGGCAGACGAAGCCCCCUAACUUUGCAGCUGAGCAAGAGUAUAAUGCAGCUGUGGCCAAAAUGGAGCCACACUGUGCCAUCUGCACUCUGCUCAUGCCGUACUACAAGCCAGAUAGCAGCAAUGAAGAAAAUGAUUCUAUAUGGGAGACAAAGUUAGAUGAAGUAGUUACAUCUGGAGGAAAGACUAAGCCUCUCAUUCCAGAGAUGUGUUUUAUUUAUAGUGAAGGAAAUAUAGAAUAUUCUCCACCCAGUGCCUUCCUUGAAGAGGAUGGAACAAGUCUUCUGAUUUCCUGUGCAAAGUGCUGUGUACGGGUUCAUGCAAGUUGUUAUGGUAUCCCUUCUCAUGAAGUCUGUGAUGGAUGGCUGUGUGCCCGGUGCAAAAGAAAUGCAUGGACAGCAGAAUGCUGUCUUUGCAAUUUGAGAGGAGGUGCUCUUAAGCAAACUAAGAACAAUAAGUGGGCCCAUGUCAUGUGCGCUGUUGCGGUCCCAGAAGUUCGGUUCACUAAUGUCCCAGAAAGGACACAAAUAGAUGUAGGCAGAAUACCUUUACAGAGGUUAAAAUUGAAAUGCAUCUUCUGCAGACACCGAGUUAAGAAGGUCUCAGGAGCCUGCAUCCAGUGUUCCUAUGGCCGCUGCCCGGCCUCUUUCCAUGUCACGUGCGCCCAUGCUGCUGGGGUGCUGAUGGAGCCCGAUGAUUGGCCUUACGUGGUGAACAUCACGUGCUUUCGACAUAAGAUCAACUCAAAUGUGAAGUCCAAGGCUUCUGAGAAGGCCGUCUCCGUGGGUCAGACGGUCAUUACAAAGCAUCGGAAUACGCGGUAUUACAGCUGCAGAGUGAUUGCUGUGACAUCGCAAACCUUCUAUGAGGUCAUGUUUGACGAUGGCUCCUUCAGCAGAGACACAUUUCCGGAGGAUAUUGUGAGCCGAGACUGUGUGAAGCUGGGCCCUCCUGCCGAAGGAGAAGUCGUCCAAGUCAAGUGGCCUGAUGGCAAACUCUAUGGGGCAAAGUACUUUGGAUCAAAUGUUGCCCACAUGUACCAGGUUGAAUUUGAAGAUGGAUCCCAGAUAGCAAUGAAGAGAGAGGACAUCUACACCUUAGAUGAAGAAUUACCCAAGAGAGUGAAAGCUCGUUUUUCCACAGCCUCUGAUAUGCGAUUUGAAGACACAUUUUAUGGCGCCGACAUAAUCCAAGGGGAGCGGAAGAGACAAAGAGUGCUGAGCUCCAGGUUUAAGAAUGAAUAUGUGGACGACCCUGUGUACCGCACUUUUUUGAAGAGCUCUUUCCAGAAGAAGUGUCAGAAAAGACAGUAGUCUCCAUACAACACUGCAGGCCACAGAGCAGCUUGGGCCAGAAGAGGGAAGAUGAAGGGACAGCUCUGGGGCUCUGCCAUGUGUUUCGCUGGGGUACGUCACGGGGUGUGUCUCUGACAGUGGUAAAUCAGGCUUCCAGAGUGUGGCCACCAAAAAUACAAAACACACAUGUUAUUAAUUGAACACAGCAAUCUGAAGUCAUCCUCUAGUCUUGCUUCACUUGUGAGCAAUUGUCUUCUGUGAUCCCAAAGACUUUUUCUAAGGGAAAGGAAAUAAUAGUGAAUCACACACUAGAAAAAGCCACCGCUAGAGAGGAGGUGGGUCCCCAGGUAUGGCUUCGGCCCUUUGUCAGGAAACACAUGGAGACUUCUCUCCCAGCGUCAGCAGGCGACAGCCUCCUUACCAGGUGGGAGGGUGAUAAUUUAUGUAUUUUCCACAGUCAGGGAAGGACUCUCACUUAUUUGUUUUAAAUGGCAGUUUUUAUAAAACAUUUUUAAAACACAAAUGGCAUGUAUGGUAGUGAGAUAUACCCCGUGUGUUAUCUGUAUUUCCCGUACAGAACUUUUACAUUUUUUUAUAUUCCUAUUACUUUUGAUUGUGUCUGAUGAGAACUGAGUUGUUGGCCUUUGUGAAAUGAAAUUUUUGGCUCUUGAAGAAUUCUUACAAAUUGUACGGUAAUUUUAUAUAUUUAAAGAGGGAGAUC